CAGCUGGAGAUGGAGGGAAAAAGCGUCGCUGUGAUUAAAACUCGAGGCUGAAGGAGAAGCUGAGAAGCUGAGGGAGGAGAAGAGUGACAGCUACUGACUGACCUUCACACACACACUCCUGCUUCACUGCUGCUGCUGCUUUAAUACCAGAACAGUUUGUUUGAAGUGUUGACGAGAGACAAGUCAAGAGUGAAGAUGGGCCGAAAGAAGAUACAGAUCUCCCGUAUUCUUGACCAGCGAAAUCGCCAGGUGACGUUCACUAAGCGUAAGUUUGGUCUGAUGAAGAAAGCGUACGAGCUGAGUGUGCUGUGUGACUGUGAGAUCGCCCUCAUCAUCUUCAACAGCACCAAUCGCCUCUUCCAGUACGCCAGCACCGACAUGGACAAAGUGCUGCUCAAAUACACCGAGUACAGCGAGCCCCACGAGAGCCGCACCAACACUGACAUACUGGAGACGUUGCGUAGGAAAGGUCUGGGUCUGGAGGGAGCUGAGCUGGAUCAUGAGGAGAGCAUGCAGACCGGAGCUGAGAAGUACCUGAUGAACGAAGGGAUGGACCUCUCCAUUACUAGACAGCGUUACUACGGUCCGUCUCUACUUCCCUCUGAGGCUCAGCUGCUAAUGGGCAUGGGCUGUGAGAACGGCUUCCAGAGCCCGUCUAAUUCCGGCCUGCCACCCAACCGACCCCCGUCCUACAAACCCCUCGCCUCCAGACCCGGCUCCACCGGCCCUGCUGGCACGGCCGGCCCCAACUCACACCCUGCACUCAUGGGUUCACAUGCAGGCAUUGGCUACUCGAUGUUCUCCCACGGCAACCUGAGCAAAGCCCUGGAGAUGAAGUCCCCGCCUCCACUGAGCUUGGCCGGCGAUGGGCGGCGUCUUGACGCCCAGCACGGGAUGGGGGGAGCCAGAUCUGCCAAUCUGACCAAUGCUGUGAGAGAUUCUACAAAAAGAGCACUCUACCAGAGUAUGCAUCCUGGAGGCCACAUGAUGACCAUGGGGAAAGCUGGGUUAUUGGGACACAGCCUAGGGAGUUAUGGGAACCCAGAAUACUGCCACCCUGGAUACACGAUGGGUUUUCAGCGCAGCUCAGUGAACACCUGGCAACCUCACACACACCAGGAACCGCAGCAAUCAGGGAUGUCAUCAGGUGCGGGCUGCUCUUAUCCCUCCCAGAGUUCCUCCCCCUCCUCCCCACCUCACUCCUCCCUUAACCUGAGCAUCAAAUCAGAGAGGCCCUCUCCUGAGCACAUCCGCUCCCCGGCCACGCCCCCUAAUCAUCAGAUACCACAGCACUCACCAAUGGGGGAGCGGGAUGCCCCUCGGGAACCGUACCCGGCAGUGGGUAGAGAGGACUUUCAGAAAGGAGGCUACCCGGACCAGCCCAGCACGACCCGCGGCUCUGCGGAGGAGAGGAGGCUGGACAUGAACGAUGCGUGGCAGAGAUAACUGAGUGACAGCCCUGAAUCCGCCCCUGCUCACAGUAGCUCACGCAAAGUGGACCAGAAAUUUAGCUCCAUUCAUUCAUAGCAGCUCUUAUAGAUAUGAUGCUUCAGCCAAACAGCUAAUUUACACACAACCACACACAAUCAGAUUAGCUUAUAAUGUGCACUGAUUUACACUGAAGCUAUGAGGCUAAUGUAGCUAAUUAAUGAAUAUGAUUAAUGUGAACCUGUUAGCUAGCAUUGUGCACACUGUAUACCAGCCUUAAACUGUAUUAAAUUAUGUUAAAUAAUAAAUAGUCUUAAAUAUACUUACUCAUGUAGCUUCUGCAACUGAACACAAACUGUAUUCAGCUGUGUGGCAGUGGAAAUGUUUUCUCUGGAACUAUGGGGCUCCAUCCAGUUCCUUUGGGAUGAGUUUGAGAGUAGAGAAUGUGGGGUAGAUUGGUGAAUAUUCUUGACCUCACUAACACACUUAAUACGCUAAAUGCAGAUAGAUCCUCACAGCAAUGAUCCAAAAUCAAGUAGACAACGUUCUCUCGAUAGUGGACAGAUUUCCCAACAAAAUCAGUAUAAACUUUUUAAAUACCCUUGAGUUCAAAAGAAAUCAUAAAAAUAAAAAUAAAUUGUGCAUAUAGUGUAGCUUAAAUCCAGACGUAUCAUGUACAGUACUUUGAAUCAUGCUUAUACAGUAAAUAGCACUAUCAGAAGCUACAUAAGCAAGCUUAAUAAGAUCUCAGUCAGGUCAUAAAAGGCAAUUUGGCUACGUGAUGAUGGAGCUUUCUUAAUGAGGUUAGCAUUUGUUAGUUACUUAAGCCUCAUGCAUCAUGUGUAAAACAAAUUUUUUGGUUACAGUCACAUGAAAACACGGUUAGGGGUGCACUGAAAUAUUUGUUUGGUUUAAGGCUGAUACAGAACAGAAUAAAACAUUUAGCAAAAGGCAAAAAAAAAUAUUGCAUGAAUUAUAUAGCUUAAAUAUGUAUUUUUUGUCUUUCAUUUUCAAACAAAACUACAAUUAAAUUAAAAUAAUGUAUUGAAUUCUAAACAUUGUUAAAAUCCUAGCAGAUUGUGAUGUAAUGUCAUCAGAAAUUUUAUUGUUUGGUAUAAAUUCUAAUUAUGCAGUUAUUCAUUCUUUUCAAUUAAUCAGUGCAUCCCUAAACACAGCAUCACAGUACACAGUGUCUCCCGGGUGAUUUAGGCCACAUAAUAAUGGCUUGCUUGAAUACUGAAUGCAUGUAAAAUAACAUAACAGUGUUUCCCUUUUCUGAAAGGAAAGGUUUUUCUUCUUCAGAUUUGCGCUUCUUUUUCACUGCUUUUCACAUCAGCCAUUACAUUAAAACCACCUGCCUAAAAGGACCUCUGAAUGAGUGCUGUGGUGUCUGGCUCCAAAUAUUAGCAUUAGUAGUAGAUCCUUUAGCAAGGCAUGUAAGUUGUGAGGCCUGCAUAAGCAUUAUCAGAACACCCCACCAGACAUGCCUGAUUGAUGUUUUGGAGAUUAUUUUUUCCAGUUAAAUAGACAUAGAGUUCCACGUUCUCCCAAUUUCUGAGGAGGGUUUCAUUAGAGGACAACAGUUUCCUCCCACAGUCCAAAAACAUGGGAUGAGAUGAGGUGAAUUUGAUACUCUAAAUUGCCCAGAAAACUGCAUACUCUACAAAAUUGCCACAGUGUUGUGAGUGUAUGUAGGUGUAAGUGUGUGUGAAUGUGUGUAUGACUGUAAACCCAGAUUUGGAUUGGCAUUCUGUACUGAGUAAACUCCUCAGUUCCUGAUGCAGUCCUACAGUUUUCGGUUAAGAGUAUGCUGUGUGUGAUUGGCUGCCGCUUCUCAUUGAUGUGGGUUGAUUGGUUCAGUGUAAAUGAUUGUGUGUAGAAUGUAAUUGUACUGUCUUUUGGUGCCUAGGAAGGCAAAAACAAGUUUCCCGUGGGCCCUUAAAAAGUCUUAAAAUCUUGAUAAUUAAAGUCUUAAAUUGUCUUAAAUUUACUGUAAAUUUGCUGUAGGUAUAACAUUUUUAGAUGGUGCAUUUAAUGCCAAUGGGAAAUCACAUAUUUACAUUAGCGGCGAGUUACUGGAGAGAGAAGGUUAGCGAAGAGCUAGAUAACCUUAGAGGCAAGCUAGCUAACGUUACUGAGGAGAGGACUAAGGUUAGCGUAGAGGUAGCUAACAUUAGCAGAGAGCUAGCUAACGUUAACUAGAGAGAACUAAGGUUAGCGUAGAGGUAGCUAACAUUAGCAGAGGGCUAGCUAACGUUACUGGGGAGAGAACUAAGGUUAGCGUAGAGCUAGAUAACAUUAAAGGCAAGCUAGCUAACGUUACUGAGGAGAGAAUUAAAGUUAGCGGAGUUAACAUCAGCGGCGAGCUAGCUAACGUUACUGAGGAGAGAACUAAGGUUAGCUAAGUGCUAGAUAACAUUAGAGGCAAGCUAGCUAACAUUAAUGGGGAGAGAACUAAGGUCUGCAGAGUUUACGUUAGCGACGAACUAGCUAACAUACUAACGUUAUUGUGGAGAAAACUGAGGUUAGCAGAAAACUAGCUAACAUUAGCGGUGAGCUAGCUAACAUGCUAACAUGUUCUGCAUCACAAUGGAACAAAAUGGAAAAAGAAAAUUGAUAUCAAAUGGGAAACGUAAAGUUUUAAUUUUCAAAACAAAUAAUUAUUUUCUACUAUCUUCUAUUUUCAACUACAUUUUUGGCCUUAGAUUAUAUUUAUUGAGGUCUAAUUUAUCUUAAAAAGGUCUAAAAAUACUUAAAUUUGACUUUUAAAAUGGAGCAAGAACCCUAAAAAAAGCCACUUUAUAAGUAAAAUUAUAAGUAAGUAAUUAGACAUCAAUUUCAGUUUCUUUCUUGUGAAGAGUCUCAGGAAACCUUUAUAGGUUUGUUUAUUAAUAUUAGCUGUUUACUUUCACUUGCCUAAUAUAUAUGGUGACCGGUGCAGUUGGAGCCAGAUCAAUCAUCAAUAUUAUUAUUAUUAUUUUUUUUUUUCAUGGCAGUGGUUUUAAUGUUGUGGCUGAUUAGUAUAUAUUCCUUUAGCUGUAUUCAAUGCUGUUAGCAUUUCCUAACAAUGCAUGUUAGCAUUUCCUGACUGGGUCUUUAAAUACAUCUAAAAGCCUAAAAUGCUUUAUGGUAAUCUCUCAGGGAAUUUUCUAGAAUUGACCAGCCUUUACUGCAGCUUUAAACAUACUUCCGCAAAUGCACUAUGAUACUUUUUAUUGGUUGAUGUACAAAAGGAUAUUUUUAUAUCUUAAUCUUAAUCAUUAUUUUUAUUUUGGUUUGUUUUUUUUUUUGUUUGUUUUUUUGCUGUUAAAAAAAAAAACAAUUAAAAGUAGAAAAUGUCCAAAUGUUUUUUAUAUUUUAUAUUAUUUUAUAAAUCUAGGUUUAAUCAUUAUGCAUCUAAAGACAGGCUUCAUGGGCAGUGUGGCGGUACACUGCUGUAGUCUAGUAUAAGUUUUGAUAAAGUGUGUUUUUUUUCAUAUUUGUAUGUGCUUUUUGUCAUUUUUGAAAUAUAUUUUUUACGCAUAGAUAUUAUUCAUUUGUAAAAAAAAAAUUUUGUUUUAUUUUAGCAUUCGUACUUUAUCUCUGUAUGCGGAUUUGAGUAUAUAAGAGUGCUUGUUUUGAUAGUUUGUAUCAUUUUUAAAAGCCAUUCAUUGAGUUAUUUGUUUGAGUUUUAUUCAUGCUAUUUACUGUAUUGCCCGCUAGAUGUCAGCACAGGACGCUCUAUCUUUCAGCCACAGAGCCCAUAGCCUGCUGCUGCUGCUGCUGCUGUGAGCUCUUACUGUAAAGAUUAAAGUUGUGCUGGUUUCUGUGUU